GCUUUGCGCCCGCGGCGCCUCUGCUCUCUCCCCGCGGGCUUUUCUUGCUUCGCCUUAACGCUAAUCUCCCGCUAAGCGCUGCCGGGUUUAAGUGCCCUGAUGGUAGAGGCUUUAAAUGGGAAACUCGAGCUGGGGACAGUUGCAAAAGCGAGCCCUGUUUGAGCUGCUUGUUGUUCCUGCAGGCGACGUCUGAGAAAGGGGAAUGGUAGUGGCCGAGGACAAUAAAUAGUCUGUUCACGCUUUGUUUAGAGUUAGUGUUAGAGUAACAUGAUCUCUACAGUGCCUGCAAAGUCAGCGUUUAGGCAGUAUGUUCCAGAAGCAGAACAGAAAAGGAGCUAGCUGUUUUUUGCAUCUCUUCCCACCAUAUGGCAGUCCCUUUCUAGGUGCAGCGGCCGGAUACAAAGCCAGUUAGCGCUUAUGAUGAACUAGAUAUUGAAAAAUCAAGCCAGCUUUUACCUUCUGUGCAAAGAACACAAACAAAAAAGACAGGGACAUUUACAAGGAGGCCGGAAAGUUUAUUAAAGCAGGUCAAAUCCUGAGAACCUGUCUGAAGACUUAGCAGCUCUCAGGCCAUCAUUACAACUGGACAAACGCCGUCUCAGCUGGCUUUCUUCUCAUCUGUAGACACUGUCGAAUCAAAGCAAUCAACCAUGUGUUGACCAUUUGGAUUCCCCAGUGCAUGUACCUGUUCCAUCUGGGGACAACCAGAUGAUGCACGAGAGAGCAGGUGGUCUGAGCACAGCAGUGGGUUAUCCGCUGGAUACGGUGAAGGUGAGGAUUCAGACCGAAAGGCGUUACAAAGGAAUUUGGCACUGCAUUCAAGAAACAUACAGAACAGAAAAAGUGUUGGGAUUUUACAAAGGCAUAUCUGCGUCAGUCUUCUCAGUGUCACUGAUUUCCUCUGUUUCAUUUGGUACAUACAGAAACUUCCUUCGCAGCAUCUGCAAACUGCGAUACGGUACUGCGGACGCAAAGCCCUCCAAGCUGGAUAUCCUUCUUGCUGGAAGCGCUACUGGUGCCGUCCGGGUCAUGUUGAUGACACCUAGUGAGGUAGCUAAAGUUCGAAUGCAAACUCAGAAGCAACCACAUCCUUCUGUGGCAUCUCCCCAGUCUGUUCCCAAGCCUAAGUACCAAGGAUCUCUGCACUGUCUGAAGGUGAUUGCAAAGGAGGAAGGUUUUGGGGGUCUCUACAAAGGCUGCUCUGCAUUACUCUGCAGAGACUGCUCCUCUUCUGCAAUAUAUUUCCUUACCUAUUCUGUUCUGUGCGACUGGCUUACACCAGUGGGGAAAAAUAAACCGGGUUUCCUAGUUGUGCUGCUUUCUGGUGGUUUUGCUGGAGUCCUGGCCUGGGGAUUAGCUACUCCCAUGGAUGUCAUCAAAUCACGGAUGCAAACAGAUGAAUCGGGACACCGCAAGUACAAAGGCCUAGUUCACUGCGCUAGAGAAAGUGUGAGACAGGAGGGUGUAAAAGUGCUCUUCAAAGGACUUGGUUUAAACUGCAUUCGUGCAUUUCCUGUGAACAUGGUUGUAUUUGUAACAUAUGAAGCUGUGCUGAGGUUUACAGAUCAUCUUACAAACGAAAAAUAGCUUAUGUCACUCUGUUCAGAGGUGUAUUUUUUUUUUUUUAGUCCAUUUUUUUGUAACACAACAUACACAAACAACUGCUGAACUUUGCUGUCAUUGAUGGAUAGUGUAAGAGGUAUGGACAUUUCACCCUAAAGCUGGAUGACUGAUCUCUUAGUUCAUCAGGAAGUCUUGUACCUAUAGUCAACCUCCCUUUUAUCCUGUUAAUGUGCUUAGACUGCAGCUACUUCUCAUGCCAUUGAAACUUUUGCAAAUAUUUGUGUUCUAAAAAGCUGGUAAUCUGACUAGAGAUUUUUGACAAAAGACAAAUUUUAUUUUCUACCAGUACAAAAAUUGAUCUUCGCUACGAAGGCAAGAGUUGAGGGCAGUUUGUGCGUGUUAGAUUUAACACUAUACAGUGUGUGCUCUUUAUAUGUAAUGCAUGUAUUGCAUUCACUUAAUAACUUACCUAUUUGUGCUUGAAGCCACAACUGACAGACCUUUCAUGCCUAUCUGUAAUUUUGCCCAAGCGCUCCACAAUUAUAUCCCUUUGGUAGCAGCUGAAAUACGAAUCGCCUUGCUUUUUCCUGUCGUCUUUAAAUGAGUGGCAGACAUAGUUUGUUUACAUAAUGGCUAAUGGCUUCAUUGAAAAUGAAAACAGGCUUCAUUUCAAGUAAAUCAUGUGAUUUUUCUCCCUGUGCAAUCAUUAGCAGUAAAGCUUCAGUCCCCUUCUGCUGCGAGAACAUACCAUGCUUCUGAAUUUUGAUAAAGCUCUUUGUACAGGCUGUUCUCAUACUGUAAGGAGGGCAGGAAGAGGAGCAAAACCCUUUGUUUCUCAAAAGACAGACUGCCAUAAGCUUUGUGCACUAGGGGAUACGUAAACUAAAGGAGAAGUGCAGAACUGUAUGGUAUAAUUAAGAUUAAUUACUUUUAAAAAGUAUAUGCUCUUUUCACUUUAAAAUACACUCCGUUAGGACUGGCUAAA